AUGCUCAAAAAGUUUGGCAUGCAGACCUCCUCUAGUAGCAAAACACCAGUGAGUACCACAACUAAAUUGGACAAAGACGAAUCGGGUAAAUGCAUUGAUAUUACAAUGUAUCGAGGUAUGAUAGGAUCUCUCAUUUAUCUUACCGCUAGUAGACCCGACAUUAUGUUUAGUGUGUGCUUAUGUGCUCGUUUUCAAGCUUGUCCUAAGGAAUCCCACUUGCAUGCCGUUAAACGUAUUUUGAAAUACUUGCAUGGCACUUUACACCUAGGAAUCUAUUACCCUAGAAAUGUGGACCCUAGGUUACUUGGCUACUCCGAUGCCGACUAUGCGGGUUGUCUUAUUGAUCGUAAAAGUACCUCCGGGACUUGCCAAUUUCUAGGUCAAAGUUUGAACUCUUGGAGUAGUAAGAAACAAGUAUCCGUAGCUUUGUCAACCGCGGAGGCCGAAUAUGUAGCGGCCGGUUGUUGUUGA